CUCGGCGCUUCCGCCGUGCGUCUGCAGCGCUCCGCGCGCUCUUUCCGUCCGGAGCCCCUGCAAUAGGCGUUUCCGGCCAUUCAUACUUCCAGUCGGGCAGUCCCCGGUUGUUGGAUUCCGUUCGGUAUCGGACCCGAAGGGUGACGGCGCCGCUAGGAUGAAGCUUGUGAGAUUUUUGAUGAAAUUGAGUCAUGAAACUGUAACCAUUGAAUUGAAGAAUGGAACACAGGUCCAUGGAACGAUCACAGGUGUGGAUGUCAGCAUGAAUACACAUCUUAAAGCUGUAAAAAUGACCCUGAAGAACAGAGAACCUGUACAGCUAGAAACACUGAGUAUUCGAGGAAAUAAUAUUCGAUAUUUUAUUCUACCAGACAGUUUACCUCUGGAUACACUACUCGUGGAUGUUGAACCUAAAGUGAAAUCUAAGAAAAGGGAAGCUGUUGCAGGAAGAGGCCGAGGUCGAGGCAGAGGAAGAGGACGUGGCCGUGGCAGAGGAAGGGGGGGUCCUAGGCGAUAAUGUCUGUCAAGAUUACUGUUUCAAAGUGAUAAGUGAAUGGGAUAUUUUUUGUACAGGUUUUGUUUGUUUAUGUCAAUUUUUAAUAAACAUACUUGUGGGACAGAGA